AUGUCUGACCGAGGUGAAGAAGUUGUACACUCCCCUUCUGAGCGUAAAAGGUCACUUCCGUCUGAUGACGAAGAAGACGACCUAAGUGCUGACGAAAGAGGAGGACGUUUCAAACGUCCUGCUUUAAAUACUUCUGGUGGAGAGGACGAUAACUCUUCAGAAUUAGAUUAUAACGAUGAAGCACCUAUUGAACGUCCGGCAACCCCGUCAGAGCCUAGUGACAUAAUGGAGGUAAACGUUCGCUCUCCUACAGCGCCCGAGAAAGAGAAGGUUGAAACAGAAUCUACACUUGCCACUAUUUCGCUUCGGGCUCUUGUAACAACUAAAGAAGCUGGUGUAAUUAUUGGGAAAGGUGGAAAGAAUGUUAGUGAAAUUCGUGAUAGAUCUGGUGCUAAAGUGACAAUAUCUGAAAUGGUACAAGGCGCCUACGAAAGAAUUUUAACCGUCACAGGUCCUUUGGACACUGUUGCAAAGGCCUUUGCUCUUGUUGCGCGUAAAAUCUUGGAUGAGAAUUUGGAUACACCAUCUACACCAACUUCUAAAUCCACUACAAUCAGACUUCUCGUACCUCAUUCUCGGAUGGGACCUGUGAUAGGUAAAGGUGGAUGCAAAAUCAAGGAAAUUCAAGAGAAAUCCGGAGCCAGAUGUCUAGCUUCUGAAGAAAUGCUUCCACAAUCAACGGAGCGUACCAUUUCUAUCAGCGGUGUACCGGAUUCUAUCCAUAUUGCAGUUUUUCAUGUUGGGGAAGAAUUGGCCAAACAUCAAAAUGAUAGGCCUUCAGGAAUCACUCCUUACCGACCUCAACCACGACUUCUCUAUCAUCAAACAGCUCCCGUAGCUGGUAAUCCAUUCUAUGUUGGACUUCCACCGGGUCCUCCACAUUAUGGACGUGAAUUUAUGCCUGGACCUCCAGGACCCAUUAAUCAUCAACCACCUCCAGGGUCUCAGGCUCAACAGAUUUUUAUCCCUAAUGAUAUGGUGGGAUGUAUUAUUGGUAAAGGCGGAAGUAAAAUCAAUGAGAUUAGGCAUCUCUCUGGUUCGCACAUCAAAAUUGCCGAACCUCAUGGUAAUACCAACGAGAGGUUAGUUACUAUUACGGGAACCCCCGAGUCUAAUCAAAUGGCUCUUUAUCUGCUGUAUAGUAGACUUGAAUCCGAAAGAAGGAAACCAAGCGUGUAA